UCUAAUUGGACAGAAGAAACAGGAGGUCGAGGAAAAUGGCGGACCGGGUAAAAUGAGGAUAGUUUCAACGUAUGCUAAUAACGUCAACAUACUGCAUUCACUCCUGCAACAGAUACAGAGCAAAAAUGUUUAAAAGGGCGAAGCGAGCUAACCUGCGGCGCAGAAAUGAAUCGGACGACGAGGAUUUGGAAGAGAGCAAGGAUCAGCCUCUCCUGGCACCGACCAUGUUUGGGCCUGUGGCGGAGAUCCCGUUCAUGGGCACAUCCAACGCCGCCGAGGUCAGCCAGAGCAACGGGUUCCUGUUCAGUAGCAGCAGCAGCAGCAGCAUCAAGCCCGUGAAGAGGGAAAAGAAGAGCAAAGACACGACCCUCAGCCAGGGACCCACUGCUGUCAGCGUGUUGAGCUUUGAGGACGAAGAAGAAGGAUCGGAGGUGUUUAGAGUUAAGAAAUCCAAUCACAGCAAGAAAAUUGUAAAGCAGCUUAAAAGGGAAUACAAGGAAGACUUGCAGAAAACUGUCUCUGUGAAACAUGAGAUUAAAUCAGAAGCUCAUCCUGUGGCAGUCAUCAAAGAGGAGGUUUCCAGCCGACCUGAGAGUGACCAGGGCGAGGAGGAGAUGGAGGUGGACAGUGCUGAUGAUGUAGAGGAUGAUGUGAAGAGUGGUCCAAGAAGCAGCACUGCAGGAACAUUUAAUACACUGUCUACACUCAGCACACUGAGGCCUGGGGAAAUACCUGAUGCUGCUUUUAUUCACGCUGCAAGAAAACGUCGUCAAAUGGCUCGAGAGCUAGGUGUUGAGGCACCCCCAGUAGAACCAGAAGUUUCCAAGCGGUUAGUUCGUGAGGAGGACCAAGCUAGCGAUGAUGAUGAAGAAAAGAGGAUCCGCUUCAGUGGAGUCAAGAAUAAAACUCAACGACAAAAAAUCGCUGAAGAGAUUGGAAUUGAAGGCAGCGAUGAUGAAGCGCUAGAUACAGGUCAGGAUGAAGAGGUCAGCCGUUGGGAGCAAGAACAGAUUAGGAAAGGAAUCAGCAUACCUCAGGUUCAAACAGCUCAACCAGAGGACAGCACGGUGUAUUACCCGAGUGCAUAUGAGGGCCAGCCCUAUGGUGCAUCCUACAACAUGUCCUUUACAUAUAGUACUGCAACCCCGCAGCCUGCUCAGCCUGCUCAGCCUGGAAAAGCAGUUAUCAGGACUGAUAAUGGCACCAUGCACUAUGGAGUCCCAAGUGCUGACCACACUCCUGUAUCCAUUGAUAUGGUAAAGAAACGCCUGCAGGAAAGGCUCAGCCAAAUGCAUGCAAGCCACGAUGCAAACCGCAGCCGCUACAAACAAAUCAAGGAGGACCUGUCCUCAUCAGAGAGUGCCAUACAUGACAUGGAGGACACUUCAAAUGACAAAGCAGAUCAAUAUAAAUUCUUGCAAGAGAUGCGAGGGUAUGUUCGAGACUUGCUUGAGUGUUUCAGUGAAAAGGUACCGGCCGUCCUGGAGCUGGAGGCUGCCAUGCACCAGUUACUAAGGCAACGGGCAUCUCGACUUGUCCAGAGAAGACAGGAUGAUAUUAAAGAUGAAUCGGCGGAGUUUGCAAGCCUUUCAAGUAAAGCUGUCGUGGCUCCUAAUCUGGGCAGGGAUCGUGCUGUACUGCAAGAGCACAGUCGUCAAAGGAGGAUAGCUGAAAGAGAGGCCCGAAGAACUCGGCGGCGACAGGCGAGGGAGCAGAAUGGAAAGAGGGCGGACCACAAAGAGGGCUUGUCUUCUGAUGACGAGGAGACCACCACUGACAUCACCAGCUUCAGUAUGGAGAAAGAUCGCAUUACAAAAGAUUGUAAGAAAAUCUUUGAAGAUGUAUUGGAAGACUUUCAUUCUCUAGACUGCAUUAAAUCCCGUUUUGAAGUGUGGAGAAGAGUGUACGCAGAUUGCUACAGAGAGGCGUAUAUAGGCCUUUGUCUACCCAAGUUGUUUAACCCUUUAGUUCGCCUACAACUGAUUACAUGGAACCCACUUGAGGCUGAGUGUGCAAACUUUGAAUACAUGCUCUGGUUCGAGUCGCUUUUAUUUUAUGGCUUUGAAGAGCACAGCAUGUUAAAGAAAGAAGACGCAGACAUUGGUCUGCUGCCUGCCCUCGUCGAGAAGGUUAUCCUCUCCAAACUCACAGUGUUAGUGGAGCAGGUGUGGGAUCCUAUGUCCAGAAGUCAGACUGCAAGACUGGUGAGCUUUAUCGGGAGACUGAUGAAGGAAUACCCCACGGUCUUGCAUGGAGAGAACAAAUACACACAGGAACUGUUAAAGGCAGUUGUUUUACGUAACAGAAGAUCUAUAGAUGAAGAUCUCUUUUUACCCUUAUAUCCCAAAAACAUAAUGGACAACAAGAAUGGCAGCCCCUAUCUGUUUUACCAGAGACAGUUCUGGUCAUGUAUAAAGUUAUUAGGGAACAUCCUACUGUGGGAGGGCAUCCUGUCAACCUCAACUCUGAAGGAUAUGGCUCUGGACAGCAUAUUAAACAGAUACAUUGUGUCUGCGCUGCAGACCUCCGACUCUACAGAGGACAACAUCCUCAAGUGCCAGAAGGUGCUGGAGUUAUUGCCGAAACAGUGGUUUGUGGUGUUGAAGAGCCAGCAGACGUUGCCUCAGCUUGAGCCCUUGUCACGUUACCUUGCCCACUUGGCCAACACAUUUUAUCGCAGCAGUUUGGGGGUUUCUGAUAUAGAGCGACGCACUGCCAAAGAGCACAUCAAAGUGGUGAAGAUGUUGAGCCAAAUAAAUGCCUUGGACCAUAUUCUUCAUGUUGCAACAGAGCAAGGAGUAAAAGAAAUCAAGCAGCUUUGGGAGUGAGAGGUUAAUUGUACACUAAACUUAAGCACACUUGUUGAUGUCUAAAAAGCUCUUAAAACAUAUUUGGUUGUAAAUACUGUGAAUAGUGUAUAUUUUACCAAAACAAAACCAAUGUUGAUGAAAAGAGGCCUUGUCUGCCAGCUCUGUAGAAUUACAUGUUACAUUAUGCUGGCAACAUUAUUAAACACUUUCCAGUUCAGUUUGUUUGGACAAGGUAAAAAACAAACUAUUUUGGCUCAAUUGGGUGACCCACUGCCUGCCCAUUAAGACUGACUGCCCCUUUGUGUGUGUACAUUUCCUUAGUGUUUUAUUUGUUUGUGAAUAAAAUCAGAUUUUGAAUGAA